UCGUUUCCUUUUGCGCGAAGAAUUAAAACCUUUACUCUCGAUCUCCACAGCAAGUAUUGCGUUUGUUUGCCGCAAAUAUCCCGAACCCUCCGCCCCGCUGGCUGGCUUGGAGCGCAGUCAAGCAGGUGGUUGCUUGACCCAAAAAGAAAGCGCUCGCGGUCUCACUCCCAAAAAUUACUCCAAUUCUGGGGGUAUCAUUUCCAUCCCCUUCAAAAAACCCCCAAACCUCACUCCAUCUUCUCCUCCUCCGGAGAGAGGGAGACGGUAAAGAGAAAAUAAAAAGAAAGAAGAAAGGGUGAGGGGAGGAAAAGGAGGCAAAAACCGGUUCGAAGCUUCUCCCUUUUUCUCCUCUUUCUCUUUAAAAACCUCGCCCGCUCUUGAGCCGGAGAGCACCAAAUCUAGGGUUUUCGGAUUCCUUGUUCGCUUCCUCCAUCUUCCGUGCUCUUUGAUUCGUUUCUUGUUCGAGAAAGCGCGGCUUCGACAUUGCUAGGGUUGGCGCGUGCUUGAUUCGGGCUUCCUGCUGCCAUGGCGGAGAAGCUGAGGGAUUCGAGCCAGCCGAUCGACGUCGCUCUACUCGAUGCCACCGUUGCCGCCUUCUAUGGGACGGGAUCGAAGGAGGAGAGGACAGCUGCGGAUCAGAUACUGAGGGAGUUGCAGAACAAUCCAGACACAUGGCUGCAAGUGGUUCACAUUUUACAGAACACACAAAACUUAAACACUAAAUUUUUCGCUCUUCAGGUACUAGAAGGUGUCAUUAAGUAUCGCUGGAAUGCUUUACCAGUUGAACAGCGAGAUGGAAUUAAAAACUACAUCUCAGAGGUUAUUGUGAAGCUUUCAAGUAAUGAAGACUCCUUUCGGCGGGAGAGGCUAUAUGUCAAUAAGCUGAAUAUCAUAUUGGUUCAGGUUUUAAAGCAUGAGUGGCCUGCCAGAUGGCAAACUUUUAUUCCUGAUCUUGUAUCAGCAGCAAAGAGUAGUGAAACAAUUUGUGAAAAUUGCAUGGCUAUAUUAAAGCUUCUAAGUGAAGAAGUUUUUGACUUUUCAAGAGGAGAAAUGACUCAGCAGAAAAUCAAAGAACUUAAGCAGUCACUAAAUAGUGAGUUUCAACUCAUUCAUGAGUUAUGCUUAUAUGUGCUAUCAGCAUCACAAAGGACUGAACUGUUACGGGCUACUCUAGCAACACUGCAUGCUUUCUUAUCAUGGAUCCCUCUGGGUUAUAUAUUCGAGUCUCCACUGCUGGAGACACUCCUGAAAUUCUUCCCCGUUGCAUCAUAUAGGAAUCUUGCACUUCAAUGUGUCACCGAGAUCGCAGCUCUUCAGUUUGGUGAUUUCUAUGUCAUGCAGUAUGUCAACAUGUAUACCAUAUUCAUGGUGCAAUUACAGACUAUUCUCCCACCUGGAACAAAUAUACCAGAUGCUUAUGCAAAUGGUUCCAAUGAAGAGCAGGCUUUUAUUCAAAAUCUUGCUCUGUUUUUCACUUCUUUCUACAAGGCUCAUAUUAGAAUAUUGGAAUCCAAUGCUGAGAACCGAGCUGCUUUGCUUUUGGGUCUUGAAUAUCUGGUUGGCAUAUCAUAUGUUGAUGAGACUGAGGUUUUCAAGGUUUGCUUGGAUUAUUGGAACUCAUUUGUCCUGGAUUUGUUCGAGGCUCACCGCCAAAAUUUGGAAAACCCUGCAGUUGCUGCCAGCAUGAUGGGGCUCCAGGCUCCACUACUCCCUGGGAUGGCCAACGGUCUGGGUACACACCUUUUGCAACGACGGCAGUUUUAUUCAGGUCCGGUGUCAAAAUUAAGAUUGCUCAUGAUAUCUCGGAUGGCAAAACCAGAGGAAGUUCUGAUUGUUGAAGAUGAAAAUGGCAACAUAGUUCGUGAAACUAUGAAAGAUAAUGAUGUCCUUGUUCAGUACAAGAUCAUGAGGGAAACAUUAAUUUACUUGUGCCACCUUGAUCACGAGGAUACUGAACAGCAGAUGUUGAAGAAAUUAAGUAAACAGUUAAAUGGUGAGGAUUGGAGUUGGAACAAUCUGAAUACCUUAUGCUGGGCAAUUGGAUCAAUAUCUGGAUCUAUGAUGGAGGAUCAGGAAAAUAGGUUUCUAGUGCUGGUUAUUCGUGAUUUACUGAAUCUUUGCGAAAUCACUAAAGGAAAAGAUAAUAAAGCUGUUAUAGCCAGUAACAUCAUGUAUGUUGUUGGACAGUAUCCGAAGUUUCUACGAGCUCACUGGAAGUUUCUGAAAACAGUUGUUAACAAGUUGUUUGAGUUUAUGCAUGAAACACACCCAGGAGUUCAGGAUAUGGCAUGUGAUACUUUCUUGAAGAUUGUUCAGAAAUGCAAGCGUAAAUUUGUAAUCACACAGGUAGGGGAGAAUGAGCCCUUUGUUUCUGAACUUCUAUCUGGUCUUCCAACUACAAUUGCUGAUCUUGAGCCUCAUCAAAUUCAUACAUUUUAUGAAUCGGUUGGCCAUAUGAUACAAGCAGAACCCGACCCUGCAAAGAGGGAUGAGUAUCUGAAAAGGUUAAUGGACCUUCCAAAUCAGAAAUGGGUAGAAAUUAUCGGACAAGCAAGUCAAAGUGUUGAUGUUCUGAAGGAUCAAGAUGUUAUCCGAACCAUUCUUAAUAUCUUACAGACAAACACUAGUGUUGCUUGUUCUCUUGGGACAUUUUUCUUUCCACAAAUAUCCUUGAUAUUCUUGGACAUGCUAAGUGUCUACAGAAUGUACAGUGAGCUUAUGUCUAAUAGUAUUGCUGAAGGGGGGCCGUUUGCUUCAAGAACAUCCUAUGUAAAACUUCUUCGAACUGUUAAGCGAGAGACUCUCAAACUGAUUGAAACGUUUGUGGACAAGGCUGAAGAUCAACCACAAAUUGGGAAGCAUUUUGUGCCACCGAUGAUGGAUCCUAUACUUGGCGACUAUGCUAGAAAUUUGCCUGAUGCUAGAGAAUCUGAAGUGUUAUCGGUAUUUUCCACAAUUAUAAACAAAUAUAAAAAUCUAAUGAUGGAACACGUCCCCCAUAUAUUCGAAGCUGUUUUCCAAUGCACUCUUGAGAUGAUUACAAAGAACUUUGAAGAUUAUCCCGAGCAUCGUCUUAAGUUCUUUUCUUUAUUACGUGCAAUUGCUACACAUUGUUUUCAUGCUUUAAUCCAGUUAUCAAGUCAGCAAUUGAAGCUUGUCAUGGAUUCUAUCAUCUGGGCUUUCCGGCACACUGAAAGGAAUAUAUCUGAGACUGGUCUUAAUCUUUUAUUGGAAAUGCUAAAGAACUUUCAGGUUUCAGAGUUUUGUAAUCAAUUUCAUAGGACUUAUUUCUUAACGAUCGAGCAAGAAAUAUUUGGUGUCUUGACAGACACAUUUCACAAACCUGGUUUCAAGCUGCACGUUUUGAUACUGCAACAUUUGUUUUGCCUGUUGGAUUCUGGUUCAUUAACAGAGCCCUUGUGGGAUGCCUCAACAGUUCUUAUUCCGUACCCUAGUAAUAUGGUAUUUGUUCGUGAUUACACCAUAAAACUACUAGGGACAUCUUUUCCGAAUAUGACACUGGCCGAGGUGACUCGGUUUAUUGAUGGGCUGUUUGAGUCAAGAAAUGAUCUCCAUAUAUUUAAAAACCACAUCCGCGACUUUCUCAUACAAUCAAAGGAGUUUUCAGCUCAGGACAAUAAGGAUCUUUAUGCAGAAGAAGCAGCUGCCCAAAGAGAAAGGGAACGGCAACAUAUGCUCACUAUUCCAGGGCUCAUUGCCCCUAGUGAGUUGCAAGAUGAGAUGGUGGAUUCAUAAUGUCAAUGCAUGGCUGUGAUAUUUCUGCAUUUUCUUCAAUCUUGGUGAUGCUUUAGAUCAUUUUGCCAAAUUCUCCGUCAAGUGGAUUGGAGAGGCCCCAGUUUCUUUUUUCCGAUAUUUUUUACAUGGUCGGAGAAAGAAAGGAAAGACACCGGUCUGUUGCAGCACUCUUCAAACUGCUGGUGAUACUCGGAGAUCAGUGUACGUGCCAGUUGAAGAGGCAGCAGUUUUUAUGCAAGUUUAUAUUUUGAAAUAUAGGGUUUAUAAUGUUGUUUUCAGCAUUCGGUGUUGGGAUCAUUUGCGGCUGCUUGUACUUAUUGAGGGUUCAAGUGGCCUAUGUAUGUAAACAUUCAGAGGCUUGUGAAAAGGUUUUUUGUUUUCUUUGAACUGCCUUUGUGUGAGUGCUGGUCCAUCCGUGUUUUGUUUCCACAGUUCAACUGUUUUUUUGUUAUGACUUGCUGUGAUGAACCAAUAUCUGAUCAUGGAAAAGGUUGGGAACAGCAGUUCUUUGUUCUC